UUCCGGCGGUGGGAGGAAGCGCGGGGCCGCUCCGCUCCGCUCCGCUCGCCGGGGGAUGCGGGAGUAUUCCCGCCCCCGCGGCCGGCGGGAGGCGGGCGGCGGCGGCGCGGGCGGGGCGGAGGCGUCGCUCGGCGGAGAGCGGCGGGGGGACCCGGCGGCGGGCAGCGGGCACAGGCCGGCGAUGGAGGAAGGGGCAGCAGACCUUCGACAGAGAAAGAAACAAAACUGCACAGAAUCUGACAAAAUGGCUCCAGAGGAGAGAAACAAAGAAAACUCAAAGCUGGGAAGGUCGCCAAAAUAUAUGUUAAUCCAGCGUUUUGCGAAGCUUUUCUUUGGCUGUCUUGCAGCAGUCACCAGUGGAAUGAUGUAUGCUGUGUACCUCUCAACAUAUCAUGAGCGGAAAUUCUGGUUUUCCAGCAGGCAGGAACUUGAACGAGAAAUUACAUUUCAGGGUGACAGUGCCAUUUAUUACUCAUUCUAUAAAGAACUGCUAAAGGCUCCUUCCUUUGAAAGAGGUGUUUAUGAGUUGACACACAACAAUAAGACAAUAUCACUGAAGACCAUAAAUGCUGUCCAGCAGAUGACUUUAUAUCCAGAGUUGAUGGCCAGUGUUUUAUAUCAAGCAUCUGGUAGCGAAGAAGUUAUUGAACCAGUGUAUUUCUACAUUGGUAUAGUUUUUGGACUGCAGGGAAUUUAUGUGACUGCAUUGUUUGUAACCAGUUGGGUUAUGAGUGGGACUUGGCUGGCAGGAAUGCUGACUGUAGCAUGGUUCAUUAUUAACAGGACAGAUACAACAAGAAUUGAUUACUCCAUACCAUCAAGAGAAAAUUGGGCUUUGCCGUAUUUUGCAUGUCAAGUAGCAGCUCUCACAGGCUAUUUAAAAAAAAACCUAAAUCGUUCUGCUGAGAAGUUUUGUUAUCUUUUGGUGAAUGCCUCAACAUACACCUUCAUGAUGAUGUGGGAAUACAGUCAUUAUCUCCUGUUUGUCCAGGCUGUUUCUCUUUUCCUGCUAGACAGCUUUGCCCUAGCACAGACAGAGAAGGUGCACGAGGUAUACAGAAUCUACCUGUUUUCUCUCAUCUUGGGGUACCUUCUGCAGUUUGAAAACUCAGCCUUACUAGUGUCACCAUUACUGAGUCUUGUAGCAGCUUUAAUGCUCUCCAAAUGCCUUCAGAUGAAUAUGAAGAAAAGUACAUUUGUGUCAAGAUUGCUGAAAAUAAUGUAUAUUUAUUUGGUACUUACAGUAGCAGUGACACUAAACUUCUUAUUAAAGAUGUUCAUUCCUCAUAAAGAAAAUGAGCAUUUGCUGAAGUUCAUCGAAGUAAAACUUGGCUUAAACACAACUAAGAAUUUUACAAUGAACUGGCUCCUUUGUCAAGAAUCUCUUCAGGCACCCUCCCAAGACUUUUUUUUGCGACUAACACAGUCAUCACUGUUGCCUUUUUAUAUUUUAGUAUUAAUUAUCUGCCUUUUUUCUGUAACUCAGGUCAUUUUUAGAAGAAUUUGUGGUGAACCACUGAAAGAAACGAUUAAACUUGAGGAUGGUCGAAUUGGAGAGAGGCCAGAAAUAGUUUAUCAUGUAAUUCACACAAUUUUGCUUGGUUGUCUAGCGAUGUGUUUGGAAGGAAUGAAAUAUCUAUGGACACCUUAUGUUUGCAUGCUUGCUGCAUUUGGUGUGUGCUCUCCUGAACUUUGGAUGACACUUUUCAAGUGGCUUCGACUGAAAGCUGUGCACCCAAUACUGUUGGCUCUCAUUCUGAGUAUGGCAGUUCCCACAAUAAUUGGAUUCAGCUUGUGGAAAGAGUUUUUCCCUAGAAUAAUGACAGAGCUUACAGAACUGCAAGAAUUCUAUGAUCCUGAUACAGUAGAACUUAUGACAUGGAUAAAACGACAGGCUCCUGUGGCUGCAGUGUUUGCAGGCAGCCCACAGCUCAUGGGUGUGAUUAAGCUCUGUACUGGAUGGAUGGUGUCAAGCUUGCCUUUGUAUAAUGAUGAUGAUCUUCUGAACAGAAAUGAAAAUAUUUAUCAGAUCUAUUCAAAGAGGUCAGCAGAAGAUAUUUAUAAGAUACUCACWUCUUACAAAGCAAACUUCCUGGUUAUUGAAGAUUCAAUUUGCAAUGAAGUGGGACCUAUAAGAGGAUGCAGAGUUAAAGAUCURUUGGAUAUUGCUAACGGUCAUGUGGUUUGUGAGGAAGGUGACAACUAUGCCUACUCAAAAUAYGGACGAUUUUGUCAUGAAAUCAAAAUGAACUAUUCUCCCUAUGUGAACUAUUUCACUCGAGUAUACUGGAAUAGAUCCUACUUCGUUUAUAAAAUCAACACUGUGAUAUCCUUCCAGUCAUGAAAAAGCACGCAAGCUUCUUUCUGAGGAUUGAUUGUAAAUGAAUUUCAGUUGGAAAAGUUCCUUUUGUUCAAGGGAGUUUAUUUUUGCAGAUGUGUGUGCACACAUGCAGUGUACUGACAACUUUAUUUUACCAAACUGAAAUUCUUUGAUAUACAGGUCAGUGGACACAUAUUCCAUCCUUGAARGAAACGGGAACAUUUAUCAAUUUUACAAUCUCCACAAUGUUUUACAGUCUUCCAUGGUUUUUUUCCCCAUUAUACAUCAUCUUAAUCUUCAUGUAAAUGAGAUUUCUAACWUUAGUAUUAGAGAGCUGAUGUGUGUAGACUUCAGUAAAUACAGAAAAAUUAUUUAAAGAGCUCAUUUAAGUCAUAUAGCUUUUAUUUUUUAGCGAGAAAGCAAUCAGUAUCCCGAGUCUUUUGAAGUAAGUGUUUGGAUUUUUAGUUCGUGGUUUCUUUUUGUUGUGUUUUAAUUCUUCCUGUCUUCCAUGGUAAACAUUUCUGAGUUUAUCAAACACAYAUUUAUACAUCUUAUGUGUAGUAUAUUGUUUGCAUAAAUCARAUAAGGAAGAUUUUAUUUAAACAACACUUCCAUAGAUUAAGGCACUGAUCUCUACAAUGUUAGAGACAUAUUGGUGGAAAUGCUAGGAGUUAGACCUAGCAAUAAGAGCCGACAAGGUCAGAUGUUCAGUUUGGAAAAAAACUAUCUUCAGCAUUUUUCCACACUUCAGUGUGURUGUGUGUAUGYAKCAGUGUGUCUUUCUUAGCAGCCACCAGAAUGGGCCAGUAUACCACAGUAUGCCAUACUUGUUUUCAGGCAAGUGUAGCAGGACAACCAGGUUUGCUACUGAGACUUCUGCACUUCAGUUUCACCCCCUGUGUCUGUGUGCUGGUAUAUGUGUGUGUGGGGAUGGAUGGGUGAUACUCAUUUCAUUCAACUUAUUAUGCAAUAGUUAUAUUAAGAUAGUGCCAUAACUGUCAUUUAAAACACUAUCAUCACCACCAUUAAUAAAUAAUGGUAUAGAUGUUCAUAGCUAUUUUUAUAUUAAUUAUGCAAAUACACUGAUCUUUGAAACUUUGGGAAAGUGCUCUGCAGUUUUGCUUCCCUCUAAAAUUUGUCUUUGUUAUAUGAACCUCUUUGCCUCUACCACUCUUUUUCUUAAUGAAUUAUCUGUUUUAUCCUGUUUGUUGCUGACUGAUAGACUUUCAAGAGAAUGAAUGAUGUUUUAAUUCCARCUCUGGGCCUAAACUUGGUGUUGAGAAUUGGAAGUCCAAUAAAAGGUAACAGUAGGUUUGCUUAACCUAUAUGUAACUGGAUAAAAACCCAGGACUAAGUUUUGGAAGAACUUGCUCAUCCCUUAGGAGUUACCUGUAAUUAUGAAUUCAUGUAACACCUGGCCCAGAGACCAGUCUWUUGGGCAUGUGAGAAUGAUUCUUUGUGUCUUUAAUAAAGCAUCUGGCAAAAUAGGAUGAACCCUCAGCUGAAAAUUCUGCAAACCAUUCUGCAAGUGGAAGCUGCAAAUCAGUCCUUACUGCAAAUCAGAGAUUUUAACUCUGAAAUUAUUAGGAACUGCAGCGUGUU